AUGUCGCCUGCACUCGACGUACAGACAUCAGCCGACCUGGUUGCGAGUCUGAAGACCAGCACUACGCAUGUUGAUCGGGCCAUAUUCCCCGAUGGAUUGAAGACCACAGGUCAACACCCGCCAUUGUAUGACCAGGUGUACCCAUACAGCGCCUUCCCCAAGCGUAUCGAAGGGCCUACAGUAUGGAAGGCGGAGGACUACUCCGACAACCCGGAGCGAUGGGUACACCAGUUCUCCAGUGACGAGAUCGAUGAGAUAUCCAGCACAGCCAACAGGUUCAUAGCCUUGGGGCUGCCGAUCACUGGGAUCACGAUGGAAAACUUCCCUCUGCCUGGCUUGAAGCAAUCGCUGGCUACCAUGCUUCGGGAGUUGCUGAAUGGAAAGGGGUUUAUCCUCUACAAGGGCUUCCCGGUCGACCAAUGGGGAAACCACAAAUCAGCCGUGGCGUAUUUUGGCCUGGGAGUCUACCUCGGCUACCCGGUCUCUCAGAAUGGCCGGGGGCAUAUUCUAGGACAUGUACAAGAUCUUGGCGAUGACAGUACGCAGAUCGACAAGGUCCGUAUCUACAGAACAAAUGCUCGACAGUUCUUCCACGCGGACGACUGCGACAUCGUGGGUCUGCUGUGCAUAUCGAGGGCCGAGUUUGGCGGAGAGUCCGACGUCGCCUCCAUUCACCACGUGUGGAACAUCCUGCAAGAGGAGCGUCCAGACGUCGCCGAGCUCCUGACGAAGCCGAUCUGGUACUUCGACCGAAAGGGGGAGGUCUCACAGGGCGAGGACCCCUACAUCAGAGCCGCGGUGUUCUACCUCGAGACACCAGACCCCGAAGACCCCGAGCGGGAGCAGCGAGUGUACUGCAAGUGGGACCCGUACUUCGUGCGCAGUCUGACGCGCUUCUCGGACGAGGGCAUCAUCCCGGCCCUUUCGCCGGAGCAGCAGGAGGCGAUCCAGCUCCUCGAGGCUACCUGCGAGAGGGUGAAGCUGCACAUGGUUCUUAAAGUCGGAGACAUCCAGUUCGUCGCCAACUCGCACACGCUGCACGCGCGGACGGCAUACCGGGACUACGCUCCUGACAGUGGCAUGCCGCGACGCCAUCUCAUGAGGCUAUGGCUGGCUGUGCCGCAGAGCGAGGGCGGUUGGAGGCUGCCGUACUGGGAUGCUGACGAGAAGAAGCGAGGCGGGAUCCAGGUCGAUGAUACCACGCCUGUCGCUAGACUUGAGGGUGAUUAG